AUGCAAAAUAAAAAAAUAAUAAUUUAAUUUAUAAAAUGUUGAAUUUAUAAUAAUGUUCUAAAAGACAACACAAGUACAAAUAUUUAUUAAAAAUAUCAAAAUAUAUACUUAACGUUAGUGAUCACGUUAACGAUAAUGUGAUUUCGGUUUAAGGUUCUUUUUUAAAUCGAGUACUCGUAAAUCGUUUAUAAGUUUUACUUCACUAAUGUUUACAUUUACACAAUUGAAUUAAAACCAAACAAUUAUUGUUAAUAAUAAUGUCGGCCGAUAUCAAAUCGUCUGAAGAUGAAAUAUUAAGCUUACGCAGAGAAAUACAAGCAUUAAAGGAGGAGUGUGAAGCAAAGGAGCAGAGACUCUUGGAAUUGCAAAAACAGCAAAAUGUAACAAUAGCAACACAGUAUGGCAGCCGCCUAAGCAAUGAGGACAUUGAAAGGUAUAGUCGCCAAUUAAUUUUACCUAAUUUUGGGGUAAAAGGCCAAAUAAAAUUGAAAGAGACGUCAUUUCUAAUUGUGGGACUGGGAGGAUUAGGUUGUCCUUCCUCACAAUAUCUAUUGGCUGCUGGCUGUGGUCGUUUGGGUUUAGUCGACUACGAUGAAGUAGAACGGAGCAACUUUCAUAGACAAACUCUCCACACAGAAGCAAGAGUCGGAAUGACAAAAGUGGAUUCAGCUAAAGCAGCUUUGUUGGAAAUAAAUCCUCAUUGUCAAAUUGACUGUCAUCGUCUUUUGCUGAAUAGUGAAAAUGCUUUGGAACUGCUGCGUCAGUACGAUGUCAUAUUGGAUUGUACGGACAAUGUGGCAACUAGAUAUUUAUUAAAUGACGCUUGUGUAAUGCUGAAUCGACCACUGAUAUCAGGAAGUGCACUACAGAUGGAUGGCCAACUGACGGUAUAUAAUUAUGGAGAUAAUGGUCCUUGUUAUAGAUGCCUGUUCCCAGUACCACCGCCACCUGAGACGGUUACAAAUUGUGGAGAUGGGGGUGUAUUAGGGGCUGUUACCGGAAUCAUUGGCUCGUUGCAAGCAUUGGAAGCCAUAAAAGUGGCAUUGGGAUAUUCCAGUAGUGAAGUAUUGUCGGGCCGUUUACUUCUUUUUGAAGGUUCACGCAGCAUGUUUCGAAAUAUACGACUCCGGGGCAAGCGUGCGGACUGCGAUGUUUGUUCAUCAACUCCUUUGAUAAAUCAUCUAGUUGACUAUGAACAAUUUUGUGGUAUGCGGGCUUCAGACAAGAAUGUUGCAUUAAACAUUUUAUCCCCUGAAAAUCGUUUGACCGUUGAAGAAUAUCGUGAUAACAUUGAAAAUAACCCACACAUGUUAAUUGACGUUAGACAACCGGCUGAAUAUGAAAUUUGCCAUUUGGCUAAAUCCGAAAAUAUUCCCUUAAAAUCACUUUUAGAUGAUUCGUAUUUGAAACUUAAUGAUGAAACAAUAAAAAGCUCCAAUCAGCCUAUUGUUUUAUUGUGUAGGCGUGGAAAUGAUUCACAAAUAGCUGCUCAGCAUUUAAUACAAACAUUUCCAAAUCGUAAAAUAUACGAUAUUAAAGGUGGUCUAUACUCCUGGCAUUAUAAAAUUGAUAAAAAUCUACCAAUCUAUUAGAUUGUUCGAAAAAACAUUGAUGGAAAUAUUAUUGAACACAAUCAGUACAUAAAUUAAUCUUAAUUUCUAUAUGUGGUAUGUAUGAAGGUAUGCUGAAAAUAUCAAUUGUUUUUUUUUUUUUUU